AUUUAGAUCAGAUACAGAUUUUACCAAACCUGCACUCUGCAGAGCUAGAGCAAAAUUUUAGUAAAAUUAAGAGAAGUGCCAGCCCCAGCUCAGUCACUCUGAAGACGCUUGGUUACAAAAGUAGAGACAGAUCUCAGUUGAAGAAUGGCUAACCCACUCCCAGCUGUUGCAUUUGCUAUUGGUGUUUCUGCAUUCCUCUUUAACUUUGCAAUCCACAGAAUUGAUGAAGGUCAUGUUGGUGUGUAUUACAGGGGUGGUGCCUUAUUACAGUCAACCAGUGGACCAGGAUUCCAUGUCAUGAUUCCAUUUAUCACCUCAUAUAGAAGCGUACAGACCACAUUACAAACAGAUGAGGUUAAGAAUGUGCCUUGUGGAACAAGUGGAGGAGUUAUGAUCUAUUUUGACAGGAUAGAAGUUGUGAAUCAACUCUCACAGAAUGUGGUUUAUGAAACCGUCAAAAACUAUACAGCGGACUACGAUAAGACACUGAUAUUCAAUAAAGUCCACCAUGAACUCAACCAGUUUUGCAGUGCUCACAAUCUACAAGAAGUCUACAUUGAACUUUUUGAUCAAAUUGAUGAGAAUUUAAAGAGAGCAUUGCAAGAGGAUUUAACUAGCAUGGCACCAGGUCUUACAAUUCAGGCUGUCCGUGUUACUAAGCCAAAGAUUCCUGAGAGCAUUAGAAAAAACUAUGAACUUAUGGAGAAUGAGAAGACCAAACUACUUAUUGCUGCCCAACAUCAGAGAGUAGUAGAGAAAGAGGCAGAGACAGACAGGAAGAGGGCUGUCAUUGAGGCAGAGAAGAUCGCUCAGGUUGCCGAGAUCACAUUUUCACAGAAAAUCAUGGAGAAAGAGAGCGAACAAAGAAUAUCAACAAUUGAAGAUGAAACACAUCUAGCCAAGAUGAAAGCCAGAGCUGAUGCACAGCUUUAUACAUCUAUCCAAGAAACAAAAGCUAAUCAGGAGAAACUCACUCCUCAAUAUCUUGAGAUGUUGAAGUACCAGGCACUAACAGCCAACACUAAGAUCUACUUUGGCAAUGAAAUCCCUAACCUCUUCAUGAUGGGAAACAACCAAGAAGAACCAAAGACACCAUAAACAUCUGGGCCUUCUGGAGGCACUUCUCUUUCAAAUCUACCAGGGCUUCUUCCCUGGAUCUUUGGCCGUUGUGCCCCCAUGCUCACAAAAAAGUUAAGAAAAUCAGCCCCCCCCCCCAUCUCAUUGCAUAUCAUUGAUGGUGUGAUGAAACUGACAAUCUCAGGAUUAUUGUUUUAAGGGGUUGUUUCACAAAGAUUUUAAGAGUGACUUAUAAAUGUUGCUUUUGAAUUCCCAAUAGUAUGUGGUUUGCAACCCAUCACCGCAUUAGUAUUAUGUGUAACAUAUGUGCAUUUUGGCACUUGGGUUUGACUGCAAGUCAGACUUGCCUCUUUGUGAAACAGCUCUCGGAGACUGAAAAACACAGCUCUUCCAGAACAUCAUGCAAUACGGACCCUGUAACAAAGAGACACAACACAUACAAUGAUAUUUACAAUUGAUUGUAACUUCAUUGUUUGCUGUAGUUGUACAGUUACAGCUAAUUGUGUUAUCGAUCGCAUCUUUUGUGUUACAGGGUCAUGGUGUUAUUGUCUCAUCAGAGAUUUUACAAAAGAGAUUCAGUUUUGUUACCACCAUCAAUGAUGUGUGAAAGUGUUCAUAUAUGUUCUCUAAAUGUUUUGUUGUUUAUAAUUCUGAUUGCAUUCAACCAGGCUGUGCCAGCAGCAGCGGCAGCCUCUGGCUUUGCCCAAGAUUCCAUCCAUUCAA